AUUCUCAAAAAUCAAAGUGAUCCAUUAGAGAUCCAGACAGAGCACAAUACAACAGCAGUGACCAUGUCUUCAACUUUGCGAAUCAUUGUCAGCCAGUCAGCCAACUACAGCUGCUCAGCCAUUAACUAUCCCUUAGGAAUAUUUUCAAAUUACACAGUCUCCACCAGCAUCCGAGUCCUACCCACUGCAG